GGCCCACCCAGGCCGGAUCCCUGCUGCCCCUCACCUGCAGGCACUGUGGGUGCUCCGUCAAUACCCCGUCUCCUUCCCACUCGGCAAAUCUGGGCCUCCCAGCGGCCGCGUGGCUGGAGGCCAGGAGGCGCUGGACCCGGGGCCCGGGAGGGAGGAUGUGCCAUGUCGGGGCCGGGGGGUGCUUUUAUUAACCUGCCUGGGGAGCCGGUGGAGGCAAAUGCCUGGCCUUGGCAGGCCUCGAGGGCCAGCAGGGUCAGGGCGCCCUGGCCUGGGUGACUGGUGGGAAAGGCCCUGGGGACUGGAAGCAGCCUCCUGGAGGUUGGCCUCUUGGCUCUGACCCCGGGAGAGAUUUGCAAGCUGGCGGGGUUCUGGGCGGGGCCUGGGGAAGAGGUCACUGCCUCUGUGGGGCCCUUGGGGAUUGUCCCCACGGGCAUUGCCUCACACUGUUCCUGCCGUGGCCUUGCCCUGGAAAUGGAACGCAGCCCCCUGCUCCUCUGCCACCCCCUUGCCAGCUGCCCUGGUUGGGCUGGUCUCACCUCCAGGCCUGUGCAUCUGCUGGGCCGUCUUCCCGCUGCUGCCGUUCCUCCUGCCCCGCAGGCCCACCGCUCCUGCCCUUGGGCCCUGGGCUCAGGUCCCACCUCCAGGGAGACCCAGCCUGACCUCUUGACCCCCGCCCCUGUGCCAGUCAGUGCUGCUCACUCUGGCUUGGGCCGCCUGCUGAGGUGACUUGGGGAUUGUCUGGACUGGGGGAUCGUCUGGAUUAGGGGAUCGUCUGGCUAACUUACUGAGGCGCUGAGGGGUGUUUGUGUGGGGUACGGUCCUGGGGUCCUGGCCUUGUGCAGAGGCCAGGCCAGGCUCUUGCUGCGGUGGGCCUGAGCUCCAGCUGCUCCCCGGCCGGUGGCCUCCCUGGUGGCUGCUGCGUCUGCGCCCCUUAUCUGUUUAUGGGGAGCUAGGUGACUCUGCUUCUCCUGAGUCCAGUAGAGGUCUGGGGUACACCUCACACCAGUGUCUUCGGGGCACUGUCUGGUGUAAGUCGUCACCAGAGAGUGGCGCACAUGGACAUGGGUUGGGGGGGUUGUCCCGGCCUGUGGGGAGCCUUCGAUGUCCAUUAACGAGGCCCGCAUUUUCUCCCGCAGGUCUCCCCAGGUUUGGAGGACGUGAGGUGCUGGCGGCCGCUUCUGGUGCCUGGACAGGCGUCCCGCGAGCAGAUGACGAGGACUGACUUUUGAUCCUUGGAGGCUACUGCGAGGAAGCUUAUUGGGGCUUGUGAGCCCCCCAGACGCCCAGCGCCAUGUCGGGGUCCACGCAGCCUGUGGCGCAGACGUGGAGGGCGACUGAGCCCCGCUACCCGCCCCACGGCAUCCCCUACCCUGUGCAGCUCGCCCGGCCCCACGCGGAGGUCGGGCUGCUUGAGUACCAGCACCACCCCCGGGACUACACCUCGCACUUGUCGCCCGGCUCCAUCAUCCAGCCCCAGCGGAGGAGGCCUUCCCUGCUGUCUGAGUUUCAGCCCGGGAACGAGAGGUCCCAGGAGCUUCACCUGCGACCCGAGUCCCACACCUACCUGCCUGAGCUGGGCAAGUCGGAGGUGGAGUUCAUCGAGAGCAAGCGCCCCCGCCUGGAGCUGCUGCCCGACCCCCUGCUGCGGCCGGCACCCCUGCUGGCUGCAGGCCAGCCUGGGGGCUCCGAGGACCUGUCCAAGGACCGCAGCCUCACGGGGAAGCUGGAACCCGUGUCUCCUCCCAGCCCCCCACAUGCUGACCCUGAGCUGGAGCUGGUGCCUCCGCGGCUCUCCAAGGAGGAGCUGAUCCAGAACAUGGACCGGGUGGACCGUGAGAUCACCAUGGUGGAGCAGCAGAUCUCCAAACUAAAGAAGAAACAGCAACAGCUGGAGGAGGAGGCGGCCAAGCCGCCCGAGCCCGAGAAGCCCGUGUCCCCACCGCCCAUCGAGUCGAAGCAUCGCAGCCUGGUGCAGAUCAUCUACGACGAGAACCGGAAGAAGGCCGAAGCUGCACAUCGGAUUCUGGAAGGCCUGGGGCCUCAAGUGGAGCUGCCGCUGUACAACCAGCCUUCCGACACCAGGCAGUACCAUGAGAACAUCAAAAUAAACCAGGCGAUGCGGAAGAAGCUAAUCUUGUACUUCAAGAGGAGGAAUCACGCUCGGAAACAAUGGGAGCAGAAGUUCUGCCAGCGCUAUGACCAGCUCAUGGAGGCCUGGGAGAAGAAGGUGGAGCGCAUUGAGAACAACCCCCGGCGGCGGGCCAAAGAGAGCAAGGUGCGCGAAUACUACGAGAAGCAGUUCCCGGAGAUCCGCAAGCAGCGGGAGCUGCAGGAGCGCAUGCAGAGCAGGGUGGGCCAGCGCGGCAGCGGGCUCUCCAUGUCGGCUGCCCGCAGUGAGCACGAGGUGUCUGAGAUCAUCGACGGCCUCUCGGAGCAGGAGAACCUGGAGAAGCAGAUGCGCCAGCUGGCCGUGAUCCCGCCCAUGCUGUACGACGCCGACCAGCAGCGGAUCAAGUUCAUCAACAUGAACGGGCUCAUGGACGACCCCAUGAAGGUGUACAAGGACCGGCAGGUCAUGAACAUGUGGAGCGAGCAGGAGAAGGAGACCUUCCGGGAGAAGUUCAUGCAGCACCCCAAGAACUUUGGCCUGAUCGCAUCGUUCCUGGAGAGGAAGACGGUGGCCGAGUGUGUCCUUUAUUACUAUCUGACCAAGAAAAAUGAGAACUAUAAGAGCCUGGUGAGGAGGAGCUACCGGCGCCGUGGCAAGAGCCAGCAGCAGCAGCAGCAGCAGCAGCAGCAGCAGCAGAUGCCCCGGAGCAACCAGGAGGAGAAAGAUGAGAAGGAGAAGGAGGCGGAGAAGGAGGAGGAGAAGCCAGACGCAGAGAACGACAAGGAGGAGCUGAUCAAGGAGAAGACGGACGACACCUCCGGGGAGGACAAUGACGAGAAGGAGGCAGUGGCCUCCAAAGGCCGCAAAACCGCCAACAGCCAGGGGCGACGCAAAGGCCGCAUCACGCGCUCCAUGGCCAACGAGGCCAACAGCGAGGAGGCCGCCACCCCCCAGCAGAGCGCCGAGCUGGCCUCCAUGGAGAUGAACGAGAGCUCCCGCUGGACCGAGGAGGAGAUGGAGACGGCCAAGAAAGGUCUCCUGGAGCACGGCCGCAACUGGUCGGCCAUCGCCCGCAUGGUGGGCUCCAAGACGGUGUCUCAGUGUAAGAACUUCUACUUCAACUACAAGAAGAGGCAGAACCUGGAUGAGAUCCUGCAGCAGCACAAGCUGAAGAUGGAGAAGGAGAGGAACGCCCGGAGGAAGAAGAAGAAAGUGCCUGCUGCCGCCAGCGAGGAGGCGGCCUUCCCGCCGGUGGCGGAGGAUGAGGAGAUGGAGGCGUCGGGCGUGAGCGGGAACGAGGAGGAGAUGGCAGAGGAGACGGAAGCUUCACACGCCUCUGGGAACGAGGCGCCCCGAGGGGAAUGCAGCGGCCCAGCCGCGGUCAACAACAGCUCGGACACGGAAAGCGUCCCCUCCCCCCGCACCGAGGCCUCAAAGGACACGGGACAGAACGGGCCGAAGCCUACGCCCGCCCCAGGCCCCGACGCACCGCCUGCAGAGCCCCCCACCCCCCCGCCCGAGGACACCCCGGCCCCCACGGAGCCCGCGGCUGCCCCUGAGGCCACUGGUCUGCCCACGCCCCCUCCUGCUUCCCCGUCGCCCACCGCACCCCCUCCUCUGGUCCCCAAAGAGGAGAAGGAAGAAGAGGCCGCCGUGGCCACCCCAGUGGAAGAGGGGGAGGAGCAGAAGCCGCCCGUGGCCCCAGAGCUGGCCCUGGAUGUGGGCAAGAUCGAAGACUCCGGGGAGGCGCCCCCCACAGAGCUGGCCGAGAGUGGGUGCAAGGAGGAGCCUGCGGAGGAGGGAGGGCCCGACAAGGCCAGGGGGGGCGCGGGGGCCAGCGCCGAGGCUGCACCCGAGGGGGCGCUCAAGACGGAGAGCAAGGAAGGCGGCGGGCCUGCGGCCAAAGCCCCUGCAGCCAAGGGCUCGGGUGCCCCCCAGGACAGCGACUCCAGUGCCACCUGCAGCGCCGACGAGGUGGACGAGCCCGAGGCGGGCGACAAGAACAGGCUGCUGUCUCCGCGCCCCAGCCUCCUCACCCCGACCAACGACGCCAGGGCCAGCGCCUCGCCCCAGAAGCCCCUGGACCUGAAGCAGCUGAAGCAGCGCGCCGCCGCCAUCCCCCCCAUCGUCACCAAAGUGCAUGAGCCACCCCGGGAGGAUGCAGCUCCCAAGCCAGCUCCCCCUGCCCCGCUGCCUUCACAGCACCUGCAGCCAGACAGUGAUACCCCACAGCAGCCCAGCAGCAGCCCUCGAGGCAAAAGCAGGAGUCCUGCGCCUCCUGCCGAGAAAGAGGCAGAGAAGCCGGUGUUCUUCGCAGCUGAGGGCCAGAAGCUGCCCGCAGAGCCACUGUGCUGGGCGUCGGGCCUGCCCUUCCCCGUGCCCUCGCGAGAGGUGAUCAAGGCCUCCCCGCACGCCCCUGACCCCUCAGCCUUCUCCUACGCCCCAGCUGGUCACCCGCUGCCCCUGGGCCUCCAUGACAGCGCCCGGCCUGUCCUGCCUCGUCCACCCACCAUCUCCAACCCGCCGCCCCUCAUUUCCUCCACCAAGCACCCCAGCGUCCUCGAGAGACCAUUGGGUUUCAUCCCCCAGUCAGGGACGAUGCAGCUCCACGUCCCAUACUCCGAGCACGCCAAGGCUCCCGUGGGCCCCGCCACCAUGGGGCUGCCCCUCGCCAUGGACCCCAAGAAGCUGGUGCCCUUCAGCGGAGUGAAACAGGAGCAGCUGUCCCCGCGCGGCCAGGCCGGGCCACCGGAGAGCCUGGGGGUGCCCACGGCCCAGGAGACAUCUGUGCUGAGAGGCACGUCUCUGGGCGCGGUGCCGGGAGGAAGCAUCACCAAGGGCAUCCCCAGCACGAGGGUGCCCUCCGAGAGCCCCAUCACAUAUCGAGGCUCCAUCACCCACGGCACUCCCGCUGAUGUCCUGUACAAGGGCGCCAUCACCAGGAUCGUGGGUGAGGACAGCCCGAGCCGCCUGGACCGCAGCAGGGAGGACGGCCUGCCCAAGGGCCACGUCAUCUACGAGGGCAAGAAGGGCCACGUGCUGUCCUACGAGGGCGGCAUGUCCGUGAGCCAGUGCUCCAAGGAGGACGGCAGGAGCAGCUCGGGCCCGGCCCACGAGACGACCGCCCCCAAGCGCACCUACGACAUGAUGGAAGGCCGCGUGAGCCGGGCCAUCUCCUCGGCCAGCAUCGAAGGUCUCAUGGGCCGUGCCAUCCCCGCCGAGCGACACAGCCCCCACCACCUCAAGGAGCAGCCACACAUCCGAGGCUCCAUCACCCAAGGGAUCCCCAGGUCCUACGUGGAGGCCCAGGAGGACUACCUGCGCCGGGAGGCCAAGCUCCUGAAGCGGGAGGGCACGCCCCCGCCGCCCCCGCCACCCCCGCGGGACCUGGCCGAGGCCUACAAGACCCGGCCCUUGGAGGCCCUGGGGCCCCUGAAGCUGAAGCCGGCGCACGAGGGCCUGGUGGCCACGGUGAAGGAGGCCGGCCGCUCCAUCCACGAGAUCCCGCGCGAGGAGCUCCGGCGCACGCCCGAGCUGCCCCUGGCCCCGCGGCCGCUCAAGGAAGGCUCCAUCACGCAGGGCACCCCUCUCAAGUACGACACGGGGGCCUCCUCCGCCGGCUCUAAGAAGCACGACGUGCGGUCCAUCAUCGGCAGCCCCGGGCGCACCUUCCCGCCCGUGCACCCGCUGGACGUGAUGGCCGACGCCCGGGCCCUGGAACGCGCCUGCUACGAGGAGACCCUGAAGGGCCGGCCAGGGGCCGUCAGCAGCUCGGGGGGCUCCAUCACCCGGGGGGCCCCAGUCAUCGUGCCUGAGCUGGGCAAGCCGCGGCAGAGCCCCCUGACCUAUGAGGACCACGGGGCCCCCUUCACCGGCCACCUGCCCCGCGGCUCGCCCGUGACCACGCGGGAGCCCACACCGCGCCUGCAGGAGGGCAGCCUCUCGUCCAGCAAGGCGUCCCAGGACCGGAAGUUGACGUCCACGCCGCGCGAGAUAGCCAAGUCCCCGCACAGCGCCGUGCCCGAGCACCACCCGCACCCCAUCUCCCCCUAUGAGCACCUGCUUCGGGGUGUGAGCGGCGUGGACCUGUACCGCAGCCACAUCCCACUGGCCUUUGACCCCGCCAUACCCCGUGGGAUCCCUCUGGACGCAGCCGCCGCCUAUUACCUACCCCGGCACCUGGCACCCAGCCCCACCUACUCGCACCUGUACCCGCCGUACCUCAUCCGUGGCUACCCCGACACGGCCGCGCUGGAGAACCGCCAGACCAUCAUCAACGACUACAUCACCUCGCAGCAGAUGCACCACAACGCGGCGGCCGCCAUGGCCCAGCGCGCCGACGUGCUGCGGGGCCUGUCCCCCCGAGAGUCCUCGCUGGCACUCAACUACGCCGCCGGCCCGCGAGGCAUCAUUGACCUGUCCCAAGUGCCACACCUGCCUGUGCUGGUGCCGCCAACACCAGGCACACCAGCCACUGCCAUGGACCGCCUCGCCUACCUCCCCACCGCACCCCAGCACUUCGGCAGACUCAGCAGCUCCCCGCUCUCCCCAGGAGGCCCCACCCACUUGACAAAGCCGACUGCCACGUCGUCCUCGGAGAGGGAGCGGGACCGGGAGCGGGACCGGGAGCGGGAACGCGAGAAGUCCAUCCUCUCGUCCGCCACCACGGUGGAGCACGCGCCCAUCUGGAGACCUGGUACGGAGCAGAGCAGCGGCGGGGGAGGCAGCAGCCGCCCCGCCUCCCACUCCCACCAGCACUCGCCCAUCUCCCCCCGGACCCAGGAUGCCAUCCAGCAGAGACCCAGUGUGCUGCACAACACGGGCAUGAAGGGCAUCAUCACCUCCGUGGAGCCCAGCACGCCCACGGUCCUGAGGUGGGCCAGGUCCACGUCCGCCUCCUCGCCUGUCCGCCCGGCCGCCACAUUCCCGCCCGCUGCCCACUGCCCGCUGGGCGGCGCCCUGGACGGGGUCUACCCCGCGCUCGCGGAGCCCGUCCUGCUGUCCAAGGAGGCCCCGCGGGUCGCCCGGCCCGAGCGGCUGCGGGCGGACGCCGGCCACGCCUUCCUCACCAAGCCCCCCGCGCGCCCGGCGCUGGAGCCCGCCUCCUCCCCCGGCAAGGCCGCCGAGCCCCGGCCCCUGGCGCCGCCCGGCCCGGGCCACUCGGCCAUCGCCCGCGCCCCGGCGAAGAGCCUCGCACCCCACCACGCCAGCCCGGACCCGCCGGCGCCCCCCGCCUCGGCCGCGGACCCGCACCGGGAAAAGACUCAAAGUAAACCCUUUUCCAUCCAGGAACUGGAACUCCGUUCUCUGGGGUUCCACGGCGGCAGCUACAGCCCCGACGGGGUGGAGCCCGUCAGCCCCGUGACCUCGCCCAGCCACGACAAGGGCCUCCCCAAGCACCUCGAGGAGCUUGACAAGAGCCACCUGGAAGGCGAGCUGCGGCACAAGCAGUCAGGCCCCGGGAAGCUCGGCGGCGAGGCCGCACACCUGCCCCACCUGCGGCCGCUGCCCGAGAGCCAGCCCUCGUCCAGCCCACUGCUGCAGGCCGCCCCGGGGGUCAAAGGUCACCAGCGGGUGGUCACCCUGGCACAGCACAUCAGUGAGGUCAUCACGCAGGACUACACGCGGCACCACCCGCAGCAGCUCAACACACCCCUCUCCGCCCCGCUCUACUCCUUCCCCGGGGCCAGCUGCCCCGUGCUGGACCUCCGCCGCCCGCCUGGCGACCUCUACCUCCCACCCCCGGACCACGGCGCCCCGGCCCGUGGCUCCCCCCACAGCGAAGGGGGCAAGAGGUCUCCAGAGCCAAGCAAGACGUCAGCCCUGGGGAGCAGUGAGGAUGGGAUCGAGCCAGUGUCCCCGCCCGAGGGCCUGGCUGAGCCCGGACACCCCCGGAGUGCUAUGUACCCACUGCUGUACCGGGAUGGGGAGCCGGCGGAGCCCAGCAGGAUGGGCUCCAAAUCCCCAGGCAACACCAGCCAGCCGCCGGCCUUCUUCAGCAAGCUGACAGAGAGCAACUCUGCCAUGGUCAAGUCCAAGAAACAGGAGAUCAACAAGAAGCUGAACACCCACAACCGCAACGAGCCGGAAUACAAUAUCGGCCAGCCCGGGACGGAGAUCUUCAACAUGCCGGCCAUCACCGGAGCAGGCCUUAUGACCUGUAGGAGCCAGGCGGUGCAGGAGCAUGCCAGCACCAACAUGGGGCUGGAGGCCAUAAUUAGAAAGGCGCUCAUGGGUAAAUAUGACCAGUGGGAGGAGCACCCGCUCAGCGCCAAUGCUUUUAACCCUCUGAGUGCCGGUGCCAGCCUGCCCGCUGCUAUGCCCAUAACCGCUGCUGACGGACGGAGCGAACACGCACUCACCUCGCCAGGUGGCGGCGGGAAGGCCAAAGUCUCUGGCAGACCCAGCAGCCGAAAAGCCAAGUCCCCAGCCCCCGGCCUGGCGCCUGGAGACCGGCCACCCUCGGUCUCCUCGGUGCACUCGGAGGGAGACUGCAACCGCCGCACCCCACUCACCAGCCGCGUGUGGGAGGACCGGCCCUCGUCCGCAGGUUCCACGCCGUUCCCCUACAACCCCCUGAUCAUGCGGCUGCAGGCUGGGGUCAUGGCCUCCCCACCCCCGCCCGGCCUCCCCGCGGGCAGCGGGCCCCUCGCCGGCCCCCAUCACGCCUGGGACGAGGAGCCCAAGCCACUGCUGUGCUCGCAGUACGAGACGCUCUCCGACAGCGAGUGACUGACCCGCGGGGUGGGGGCGGCGUCGGGGCCCAGCGAGGAGCCGGAGCGGACGGGCCGGGCGCGGGCUGGCUGCCGACGCCCCCCGCCGAGGAAGGAGCCCCUGAGCCUGCCUGCGUGCCCGUCUGUCCGUCCAUCCAGAGCUGGCAUCCUUGCCUGUCUAAAGCCUUAACUACGAUUCCCGCCCCGGGCUGGCCCUGUGCAGUGACCUUACUCAGGGGAUGUUUACCUGGUGCUCGGGAGGGGAGGGGGCCGGGGAGGGGGCGCGGCGGGCGUGUGGCGGCCACACGCCCAAGGCCGGGGCGGACAGGGACCCGAAGCAGGACGACCAUGCACCUCCCAUGCCACUGCCUCCCCCCUUAAUGCAUUUGGAACCAAAGUCUAAACUGAACUAGCAGCCCCCUGCUCCGUCCCUCUGCCCCCUUCCUGCUUAGCGCUCUGGACAGAUGGCCGCGGGCCCUGUCCAGCCCCCAGCGCUCUCCUCCCGGUCCCCACGGGCUGCCCCAGCCCAUGAGACUGCUGGAAACCAAGUCAGGCCAGAUGGGCGGGCUAAAGGGCCAGGUGUGGCCUGGGGCGUGCGGAUGCCCCGAGGAACUGGACUGUUGUCUUCACACAUCGUUGCUGCAGCGGUGGGAAGGAAAGGCAGGUGUAAAUGAUGUAUUGGUUUACAGGGUAUAUUUUUGAUACCUUCAAUGAAUUAAUUCAGAUGUUUUACGCAAGGAGAGACUUACCCAGUAUUAUUGCUGCUGUGCUUUCAAUAUCUGCUUACCGUUCGAGAGGCGUGUGCAGGCCAACAUCUGGUGACCCCAUCGUCCGCGGGCCUGAGGGGGCGGGGCCGCGGCUCCAGCCCUGGACCAGCCCCCCCCCCCACCCCGCGGCCUCCUCCCUCCCUUGGGCAGAAUGAACUUGAUGGGUAUUCCGUGGCCGCUGUCUGCACACGGCGGUGGCAUUCUGUCAUUUUCACAUGUUGUUCUCAUUAAAAAGCAAAUUAUACUC